AUGAAUUUCAGUCGUGCAGUUCGCAACUUAGAAGCGUCACCACCAAAGUUUAUGAGCAGACAGGAAAUAGACAACCAGGACAGUGUCCCGGUACUGGAAGAUUAUAUUACAAUCAACAACGAGAAAAGAAACGAAGGUGAUGUUAACGACGAUGUCAAUGUUCAGUUUUUCAAUGAUGGACCAUACCUGUCUGAUGAACAAGGCUGUAUGAUGUUCAUACCUACUUACGAAAUGCAAACACUACCAACAAAAAUUUAUAAGAACAAUAUGCUACAAGCAGAAGAGAGGCAAAAACUUCUGCAGUUAUUUUCCUGUAAUAAACUUGUUAGAUUCAAACCACCACCCAUGGACAAAGAUAUGUCCAGGAGAAUGCAAAAGAACCAUAAGGAAUUUGACAAAAUGUUGUACAAAAUCUUAUACCAUACGUCAGCAGUUCUUAGACCUUUGGAUAAUGCUAUUAAGAUGGCUUAUGAAACAAAACCUCCACCAGAUAAAAAAGAAGCAGGAGGAGUUUGGGGACUUAUGGAAUCAGCUUUAUUGUUAACUAGACCAUUGUUUGAAGAUGACCUGGCAACAAUUAUUUUUAAAGAAAAUGAAAAGAACAAAUUCUUUAAUGAUGCAUUAUGGCAAAAACAACGUACUCAAAGACUCAGUAAUAACAAUAAAUACAAGAACAAUAACUUCCAACGCGGCUAUUCAUGUGGAAGAGGAAACUUGUACCAUCGCCAACCAACAGACAUGUGGUCACGAAAUCAAAAUUUUUGGUCAAACGAUUCUCAGCAACAAAUGCGCCAGACCAAUCAACAAUAA